AUGAAGUCCUAUUCGUAUGCUUGUGAGAAAGGCUUUGAUAUUGAGGCUGCUAUGUAUGAAGUUCGAAUUGGCGGGACGCGGAUUCACCGAGGGUUCACCAACGGUUUGCUUGUGAUGCUACCGAUGCCAGAUUUCAGCAUGCCAUUCAACGUCAUAGCCCUCAGCACAACCGUCCUCACUAUAUUCUUCAGUGGAACGUAUCGUGUUCUGGCUAAACGGAGAGUUCGAGAGAAGAGACAAUCAUAUGAGAAAGUCAAUUUGUUGAAAAGACUAAUGCGGAAAUUUACCCGUCGUCACAAUUAA